AUGGCAAUCCUUGGAUACUUGUACCUUCUGCUACAGCUCAACAAGAGAAGACAUCAAUAUCCACCGGGGCCGCGGCCACUCCCGAUCAUCGGCAAUCUGCACCAGUUGCCACGGCGGGAUCCGUGGCGAACCCUGAAAACCUGGCACAAUCGACACGGCCCCAUCAUCACCGUCUGGGUGGGCUCCCGCCCGAUUAUCAUCAUCGGUUCUUUCCAUUGCGCGAAAGACCUCUUCAAACGACGAGGGGCUAUCUAUGGCUCUCGCCCCGCGUACUUUGCCGAUGCCAUGGGCAGCGACUCCCUGGUCGUGGCUCUGCCAUAUGGUCUCCAGUGGCGCCGACACUGCCUCCUCCUCCACACAUUGCUGAACAAGCGCCGAUGCAAGGACUGCAUCAGUCUCCAGGACCUCGAGUGCAAGCAGCUACUAUGGGAGCUGCUCUGGACCGACGACUUUGCGGGGCGAAUCCACCGCUUCGCCGCAAGUUUGACUUUUGCAUUGGCGUAUGGGCGCCGACUGGAGCGCGGGGAUGAGCCAGAGGUGAAAGAAAUAGAUCGCAUCAUGCGCGAGCUCCUGGGCGAGGUGUGCCUGCCAGGGGUGGCGUUCCCUAUCCUGGACCAUCUGCCAGACUGGCUGGCACCGUGGAGAAGAAGCGCCGCCCGACUACAGGACAGCCAGGCGCGGGCACUCCAAACGACACAAACAAAGGCAUGGAGUCGUACCAUCCGCGACCUCGCCUGCGCCCGAUGGCCCGAGUCGGCAUUCAGCGAGAACGAGAUGGCCCACGUCGUCGGAGUCAACUACGAGGCCGGCAGCGACACCACGGCCUUCGUGCUCGAACGACCGGCCGUGCUGCGCGCGCAGGCUGAACUAGACGAAGUGGUGGGUUCUCAGCGGAUGCCGACACUGGACGAUAUGCCCCGGCUUCCGUACCUUCAGGCUUUCGUGGAAGAGGUGCUGCGCUGGCGGCCCGUCGUUCCUGGGGGCUACCGCAUUCCGCGAGGUACGACUGUCAUCCAGGACCACUGGUCGCUGGACUUCGAUGAAGAGGUCUUCCAGGAUCCGCACAGUUUCCUCCCGGAGAGGCUUUGUCCCGGCGAGAAUCUGGCUCGCAAAUCGUUGAAUCUUUAUGUGGGGAAUGAGCCGCCAGACCCAUUUGCCAUGACACAGGGGAUCAGCUCGCGGCCACAGCCCUUCAAAGCUGAGUUUCGGCCGCGGAGCCCGUCUCGUCGAACUCUCAUUGAGACUGAGUGGAAGAAUGUUUUAUAUGCUGGUUCUAUUUAA